GUGGAAACUUACGAGAGUAACGAUAAGGGACGAGGGAUCAAAAAGCUUGAACCGUUUUCUGCCUUUUUCACUGGUAUUUUCCUCCGUCUGCAAAAGAUGCAACGAGUAUUUACCAGAAAGGUAAGGUCUGUUUCGACGAUAGCUAGGAGAGAGGGUAAAGAUAGUUUAAGUUCACCGAGUUUGAAGUUGACUAAACCGUGACCUAUAUCCCCAACCCACCUGAACGAUCGGCGAUAUGAACUCUGUUCUUGCAUACACACGACUAAGAGCCGUUGGAGUAAAGAUAUUGUAUUUAAAGCAGUCUCACUGUGACACGCAAAUUUCUUCGUUUAAUUCAACCUCCGUGAAAUCAAAAUACGUGUAGACGAAAUAUAUGAAAGAUUUAAAAAGUUUCCUCGAUGACGCACUAUGUGUUUUAUCUUCCUCCCUGUCUUUGUUUAUGUGCGAGAAGUGAACAGUUCAUUUGUAGAUUUAUAAAGCUCAAAUUCCGGGCAAUAUCCGAUGCAAGUCCGGCACAUUUUUCUGAGAAUAAUUUCAUCAGCCUCAGGUGUAUUUACAUUGAAAAUAUCCAAAUGUCUUAUAACAUUACCGGACCUCCUUCCGUAAAUCCUUGCAGCAUCACAAUCUAGUCUGCUUCAACAAAAUAAUUGAAACCAGGAGAUCAUACAAUGUAUUGCUAAAAGUUUUAAUAUACCUUUUGAAUUUGAUUUGAUGAAAAGUGGGUUUCACGUUAUGUUGUUAGAACAGAGAGAGUUGCAAUUUAUGACAAAUCUUUACUAAUACUUUUUUCUGACAUGCAGUCAGUCAUGUUCAAGGCAACAUGCAGUUUUUCUGGUGCAGUUUUGAUUGGAUCAAUGUUUUAUUUUCUUAGGCAAGAUGUUGAACUUGCACAGUUCCACUACAACCCUUUUCAGGAGUGUACAUGAGUGCAUGUGAAUGUCAAAAAUGAAACUCUUGUUUAUUAUUAGUGUUAGUUUUAUUGUACUGGAAUAACAAGUCCUACAAGUGCUAUAACUAUCCCACUGUAACACAUCACUUACAAACUAAAAUUUUAACUUUUGAUUAAGCAGUCAGGGCAGCCUGAUAGAUUUGGGUAAUCCAAUAAUGUACUGGCAUCCAGAGAACUAGUAAUACCUUUAAUCACUUUGUGAUCUAGAAAUUGUUACAAGUUUAAGGAUUGUGGGCUGGUUAGAGAGGUGUUUGCUAAUAUAUUGAAAGAGUCAUAAAAAUGGGAAAGUCAGUACUUGAGUUGAAUGGUCCUUCCAGAGCUUAAUCAUGCUUUCUUAAGCAUUAAGUGACUAGAAGUAUUACUACUUCCCCUGGAUGGGAUGCCAGUCCAUCAUAGGUUACCCCCAUGCCAUUGGUCAGCUUCCCCUGACACUUCCCCAGUACCCCUUUCUACCCCUGGGUUGGGAGAAACAUUGUGAGACUCGAGUGUCUUUCCCAAGAACAUAACACUAGACCUAGAACUCUGAUAUCUUAACCCAAAGUUCAGCAUGUUAACCCCUAAGCCAGCAGGUCUUCACAAGCUGUAGUGUAAACUAUAACGCUUCUCUAGUACUAGAAAACCUUUUACAGAUGUAUCUUCUUAAUUUUUGUAAUAAUUGUGUGUACAUGUUCUAACUUAUUAAUUUUAUUUUUUCAGGCUGUGUUAUCUGUUCGAACAGCUGUCUAUCAUGGCAGACUCUUUUCAACAUCGUAUACAGCUUCUCAAAAGGUGAAGUUCUUGACUGUGUGUGAUAAAAGAUUACUACCUACAUGUACAGGUAGAAGUAGCAAAUGCGAGCAGUUGCACAGCUUAUUGGUGGUUUUCACUAUCACACCAUCAUCAAAACCAUUAAACAAAUAAACUCAAGAAUCAAAGAGAUAAGAAAAGAUUAAUAUUUAAACAGUUUUGCAAAGAUUCAGGUUUGUGCAACGUUUUGUGCAGGAGUUAUUCAAAGAAAUGUUUAAAUUGAGUUAAGGCAAUCAAAUGGAGUUAACAACAAAGAGCACGGACAUUCUCUAGUAGACAGUGGUUUUUUUGCAUGCGCAUAUGCAGCUCCUUCAUGGAAGAAGUCUCUGUGUAGGAGCUGGCUGCCAAUAGUGGAAGCUCCUGGAUGUUUCAGGCACCCAACCUCCACUUAGCAAUGUAGUUGUUAACUCCAAUUUACAAGACUCUGUUUGGAGACAAGAUCAUAAAUAUGGUGACUGGAAGCUAACAAAAACAUAAGACAUUAAGUUUUUCUAUUAAAAGCAUGUAGUUGUCUCCUGAGGGCUCGUACACAUCUGCUGUAUAUGAGUACUUAUUCUCCUACAAAGACUGUUAAGAUUGCAAAAUCUGAGUGAAUAAGUCACUUUUUUUGACCUACGUGAAAGCUUUCUCAGUCACCAUUACAAUCCAUGCUUUAUCACUGGAUGAAAAACCCUAUCAAACUGAAAAUUUGCAAAUAGAUAAGUCUUCAGCCAUUCUUAUUACUAACUAAACUAAAAUCUCAAAAGAGUUGAUAAUUCCUCUUUUUUUAAUUUUGAUGAUAUUGCAUGAAAACCAAGAAAAGGAAAAAGACUUGCAGAUGGGAAAUUUUAGUAAUUUUUUCAACUUUGUUGGUUGUUUACCUUGUGGGAAUUUAGUUUCAAAGUGAAAUUAACUCUCUGUUUUUACAGUCAAGAGCCAUGCUAACCAAGCUUUGUUCUACCACCUUGUGUUAAUGUUGUUCUUCUCUAUUAAAGGUGCCUUUGAGUAAAUUUGAGCCAGACUCGCAUCUUAACUACCAGCACCUAGAAGACAAUAUAAGAAUAGUCCGUGAUAGGUAAGCACUUGGAAAUGAGCUUAUCUCUUUUCAGGCAAGAUAUGAAACCUUAUGCGUAAACAUUGUUUUUUUCUUGUCUUUUUAGGCUCAACAGACCAUUGACACUCUCUGAAAAAAUUCUUUAUUCCCAUUUGGAUGACCCAGCCAACCAGGUAUAGUUGAUACAUGUGAACUUUACCAUCAAAAAAUGAACUGAGAGUUGAUUUUCUUGCAAGGUUUAUCUGAAAGCCUUGAUUUUGUGCUCCUUUACCCAUACUUACUAAAUCUUGCUUACUAUCCUCUGUCAUUUAGUAAAAAUUUUUAUACCUCAUAGAAAUAAGGGUCUCUCUGUUCUUCUCUUUACACUCAAUACUGAAGCUUAAUGUAUACACCUUGUAUACACAAUGUUUCUAAACAAAUUUGUGCUUUUGUAGAUUUUUUUUAACCUGUUAAUUUUUUAACAGGAUAUAGAAAGAGGUGUAUCAUAUUUGAAGUUGAGGCCUGAUCGAGUUGCUAUGCAAGAUGCUACAGCUCAGGUAAAUUUUAAAAGCGUUGUUUUAUAUUCGUUGGUAAGUGUAAUACUUGCAAAAGACAGGUAUCGAUGUAAAGGAAAGAUAACCUGAAACUAAGAAAUUAGGUAAAGCUGUUGAUGUAAUUAAAGCUAAUUAUAAUCAUAAUUGUUUCUCGAUUUAGCCAGAAACAUGCUGAGAAUAUCAUAAUUAUUAUCCAUAUACCCAUUGGCAAUUGAAUUUAACCUUGCUAUAAAUCAGUUUCUAUCAGUAUUUAAAUUCUGUUCAUUUUAUUUUAGAUGGCUAUGCUCCAGUUUAUCUCAAGUGGACUUCCUAAGGUUAGUGGGGAAGUUCAAUUUCUGCAAUUACUCCUGUGCUAAGUAGCAUUUAGAUAUCACUUACAGGGGUUUCAAAACAAGCUGGCCAGCGCCAGAGUUCCGACAGCUUCUUGAUAACAUGUUGCCAGUUACUCUGGUCAAAAUAAUUACCUUUUGGCCUUUUCACAGCCACCUGCUUUUGCAGAAUCUGAGGCCUACUUUAAAACACUUUGAAACCCCUGACUUAACAUCAGUUGUAUUUAGUAGCUCUGUCAUUCUAGACAAACACGGUGUCCGUUAGGUAUUGAAAUUGGAGAAACCUUGUGCUACUAGGCAGAAUUCUCUGGCUGGAUUUCUUUGACCUGAGCAAUUAUUUCUCAGUCAUGGAGAAUAUUCUCCAAUUAUCUUAGGCUCUAUUCUUGCUACUACAUUUGUAUACAAAACCCUUGCAUAGGCCUUUCGGCAAUGUUACUGCAAAAUCAUCUUUGCCACUCACAUAGAAGAAAUAGAGACAUUUGGAUUUCCUUGGUAUUUAGUUGAAAGCGUCUGGUCAAGUCUAUUUAUUCCAGCAUAUGUGCAUUGUAAUUUACAUGUAUUUCUUAAGUAAUGACUAUAAUAAUUGUUCUUUUCGUAGGUGGCUGUUCCAACAACCAUUCACUGUGAUCACUUGAUAGAGGCAAAAGUGGGAGGUGAAGAGGAUUUGAAAAAAGCAGUGGAUGUCAACCAAGAGGUGUACAACUUCUUGGCAACAGCAUCAGCCAAGUAUGGUGUUGGCUUCUGGAAAGCAGGCAGUGGAAUCAUCCAUCAAAUAGUUCUAGAAAAUUAUGGUUUUCCUGGAGUGCUGUUGAUUGGCACUGAUAGUCACACACCAAAUGGAGGUUUUUAUAUUAAAAUUAUUUGUCUUGUUUGUGCAGUUUCCCUCUUUUUAAGAGUUUAAAGUGUAAAAUUCUGUGAUUGCUCCUUGUGAGACUCCAAAGUUGUCUGGAGUAUCUUGCUUAGUAUCUGUUCAAUUAAUUGACUUUGACUUUUAAUUGACUUUCAAUUAAUUUACCUUAACAUAUGGUACAAACCUUCAGCCUUUAUGUCUGUACUCUUUUGAGUAAUCUUUUAUUGUUAUGGUUUGAAUUGAAAUAUAUCUGAUCACCAUGACAUCAUUCUAAUAUUUGGAGGCCAACAUUCCUGCAGAGGAAAUGCUUUCAGUCUCUGUUUGACAUGUUGAUUGUGUUUGUUUGUUUUUUUUUUUUAAUAAUUUUUUUUAGUAACAGACCUCUGUGACUGAGAAUGAUCUGUGUAAUGAUGGUUGUUUGGUUGUUUUUUUAUCAAUACAUACAUUGUUAAUUUCAUGCUAUUGCUCUGCAUAUUCAAUCAAAGUAAGGAAAUUUGCAGAAAUAAACUUGGAGAAAUGUUUAUCAGAGGAAUUUUGUUCCUGUGGUCCUUACACUCUCUAUUGUUUUAUAUUUUCCAGGCGGCCUUGGGGGUCUGUGUAUAGGUGUAGGCGGGGCUGAUGCUGUCGACGUCAUGGCAGAUUUACCAUGGGAACUGAAGUGCCCCAAGGUACAUUGGAUCAUAUUAAUUGUGUAUUUAUAUUGUAAUUAUUAUUUUAUGUAUUGAUGUAUUUUUCAAAUCAAAAUAUACUUGUACAUGUAUAUAGUUCAAAGCCUUCCAUAAGCAGAGCCCACGUGCAAGAAUUAAGUUUUUGGAUGUGGUACUCUUACAACUGUAUAUGCUGUUGUACAUGGUGUAAAAAAAUUGCAAAUCUGAAUGAUACUGAGGAUUGGAAGAGCACUAGAUCUUAAUUUUAAUGCUCAUCAAUGCUCUAAGCAAUUGUUUUUGGCUAAUGUAUUGGACUUCAUUUUUCAUUUUAACAGGUGAUAGGAGUGAACCUGACUGGAGAACUCAAGGGUUGGACAUCUCCUAAAGGUAGCGAACACUUUUCCAAAAUCAUCGAAUGUGUGUAUGUGUUAUGUACAUCAUCCUAUAACUCUUUGAACCAUAAGAGUGACCGGCUAAUUUCUCUUUACAGUAAAACUGCUGAAUCAUCCAUUAACCCUUUAACCCCAAAGAGUGAUUAGUAACUAUUUUCUCCCAUCGAUAUCACCCCUAAAACAAACAUUGAGGUCAUGAGAAUAAAGGAAAUGAUCACCAACUCAAGAAGCUCUUGAUUGUUAAACAAAUUCUCUUUGUCAGCACCACAGGAAAUGCAUAGAGAACAGUAUGGAGAAUAUGCAUACUGAUGUUAGGGUGUAAAGGGUUAGGAUCAUAAGAAUAAAGGAAAUGAUCACGAACCUAAGAUGCUGUGAUUGUUAAAUGAAUUCUACUGGUCAGCACUAUAGGAAAUAUACAGGAAAGAGUAUCUAGAAUAUGGACACUGAUGAUAGGAUGUGAAGGGUUAAGAUUAAAAUUUAAUUUAAUUAUGAGUUCUGUGAAGUCUGUAAAUGAAUUUGUACAAAAAGAGGAAGUUACUUUCAAUCUUUUUUCUUCUUGAUUAUUGAUGUGCGAUAAUCGGUUUCCUAUUUAACAGACAUCAUCCUUAAAGUAGCUGGAAUCUUGACAGUCAAAGGAGGAACUGGAGCAAUUAUUGAAUAUUUUGGACCUGGGGUAGAUUCUAUCUCCUGUACAGGUAUGCACCGUCAAUUUUCCAAACCUUAUAAUUUUUAAAUCACAAGGUGCCUGAAGGUUCUUGUCUCAGCAGUCUGGGCUGCACAGCUCUGAAUAGCUUUCAUAAUUGGAUAGUUAUACAAGGUACCCAAAGCUUCUCCAAAGCACAGGCUUAGCUGCAUGUAGAUAGAUGCAGUGCCACACAAUUCCAAAAGAAAAGUCAGUAUAUAAUCUUUCAUAUGGAACCAAGUGUAUCUGCCACUCUCCUUGAUAAGGGCCACUUACUGGUAACCUGCUAACUCACCUUGUGUAAGAUGGGUGUCUGAGGUAUCUAUUGUUUUUAGCUAGGCCCAAAGUAGAAUACCACCCAUGAUUUAUAAAUUCUGCAGCCCACUCAGUGAGCCACACACCAUUCUGAGGCAGCAUUACCUCUGAUUGAAAGAGUGGAAGGAAGAAAAGUGUUGUGAUGGCCUGGGACUUAUAAUGAGUUGGAAACACGAAUAAAAGAGAGGAAAGAUAUGAAAAUAUGUUGUAUGAAGGAAAAGAGAGAGAGAGAGGAAAAAAAGGCUUUUCAAAACUGGCAGAAUUGGUUUUUCCAAAUAAAAAAAGAUACUUCUUCAUGCUGUAUGAAUUUUCUGAUCAGGAAUGGGAACAAUUUGUAACAUGGGUGCAGAAAUUGGUGCCACAACAUCAGUAUUUCCAUACAAUCACCGCAUGGAGUCAUACCUGAAAGCAACUGGAAGAUCAGCAAUAGCUGACCUUGCCAACAAACAUGCUGAAUUUUUGAAAUCUGACAGCGGAGCAGACUACGAUCAAGUUGUGGAGAUUGAUCUCAGUGAGGUGAGUGUUUGCUCUCUACUACUCUGUUAACUAUUGAGAACAGUAGUGUAGUAGUUGAUUCAACUCAAAAAACCUUGACUGUGUACCACACUUAUGCAAUAGGUUUAUGAUGAUGGUAUCACACAUAAUGUAGUCUAAAUAGUGCAUUUAUUGUUGUGUUUUAGCUUGAGCCACAUGUGAAUGGUCCCUAUACACCAGACUUGGCCCAUCCCAUUUCCAAACUUGGGUCAACAGCAAAACAGAGUGGCUGGCCCAUGGACAUCAAAGUUGGUAAGUUAUAGCCUUUCACUGUAGUAUCAUUUAAUCUCUUUGAGGGAAUUAGAAUUUAAAAUCUUUGCAUAGGCAAUUCUCUAAUUUUGGAAAAAUGAUUGAAGAAUUUUCUUUAAUGCUAGGUCUGAUUGGAAGUUGCACCAAUAGUAGUUAUGAAGAUAUGACAAGAGCUGCUAGUAUUGCAAAACAAGCUCUUAAACGUGGACUUAAGUCCAGGUAUGAGCUCUUUUAAUUUCUUUUUUGUGCUAUUAACUUCCUUUUGUUUAAAAUUAAAAAGUGUUUGAUUUAUGGUCAAUUUCUUUUUCGCAAUUCCAAGGUCAUUGUUCACAGUCACACCAGGUUCAGAACAAAUUCGUGCUACCAUUGAACGAGAUGGAAUUGUGAGUUGUACUUAUUACUUUUCAAUCCAGUUUUGCAUUUUGUAGGUAUUUUUUACAGUUAUGAAAUAGCAACCUUUCUCUUACCUCUAUGAAAAAGUAGCACCCUCAGAGGUGCUCUACCUUUGCAUUAAGUUACUUUAAAACCUCAGUAAUAAUAUAAAAAAGUUAAUUGAUCAGAUACUGGAUAUCCAGCUCCCAAACUAUAGUACUCUAAUUGAAUUUCCAAUUGGUGCCAAUUGUAAAUUUUUAUACUUGAAAUAUUAUUUCAUCAGGCAGAGACAUUGAGAGAAUUUGGAGGAACAGUGUUGGCAAAUGCGUGUGGACCUUGCAUUGGACAGUGGAAUAGGUAUAAGGACAGUUCCAAUUCUCUAUUAUCUACCUACUCAAGAAGUUUAGGUUGUAGGGACAUGAUGAUUUUACUCAAUUAAAUGCUGUCUUCCAAAAUCUCUGCCCCCAAUCAACUCUUCAACUCCUAAGAUCUGAUUGUUAACUCUCCCUUGUAGCUGUUACAUAUUUCCUUUUGAAUUUGUUAUGAGAAUUUGAGGAUAGAUCAUGAUAACUACCUGAUGAGUUUGAGUAUUCUCAUUGCCUGGUUGCUUAAUAAUGUAUAGUAUUAUAGGAAGAAGUUACAUGUUAUUCAUCUAUAAGAAUUAAAGGCAUAAACACCGGACAUGGAAGCAAAAUCACCAUUAAACGCUGCCCUCAAAUGACUAGGUGUACCCAAUCACAAGAAUGCAUUCCACUGUGGAGGAUAAGAAGGAAACAUUAUGCUAACUAUUGCAAAACUCUAUAUCAUGCAGAAGAUGAGCUAUAGAUGAUGUACUUGAAAUAUGCAGACUAAAAAUUACCAGAUGCAUACGCCGUUUUGAAGCAAUCAUUGCAAUAAUGAUGAUGUUUUGUGUUUGUAGACAAGAUGUCAAGAAAGGAGAACCAAACACAAUAGUGACAUCUUACAACCGAAAUUUCACAGGACGCAAUGAUGCAAACCCAGCAACUCAUGCAUUUGUUGCUUCACCAGAGGUGGGGCAUACUCAAUCACAGUGUUUAACGAAGCUGUUUUAUCCCUAAUUUGUUUCUGUUUUCGAGCAAAUUUCACUUGCGUGUCAAAAGGAAUCCGAGAUUACAUUAGUUUUUCUUUAAUUUGCUCAGUGAUUGGUUCAGAAAACUUGUUCCAAUCUCUUAACCAAUCAGAUACCAAAAUAAAACCAACCAUGACUUGGUCGCCCGCGUUUUCCCGCGCUUUCCCGCGCUAUAGGCAGUUUUGAAUUCUCAUUGGCUCUAAAGCUAUUUUCCUUUCCUUUGAUUGGCGGUAGUGUUUAGUUUGGUUUUGGUUUUGCGACACUCAAUCGAAAAGCGCUCUCUAUUUUAAUAGUUAUCGAUAGCCAAUUUGGAUGAAAAGUUGACGUAUUUCUUUAUUUAAUUUAUCCUGUUAUCAACAGAUGGUGACAGCAAUGUCCAUCGCUGGUGACUUGAGUUUUAACCCUGAGACAGACACUUUAACAGGCGCAAACGGUAGGCUUUCAUGUGCAUGUACCUGAGAUUUAUGUGAAGCAAUUUGUGGCACAACUUAUGCAAGAAUUAAAUAGAGGCUACAGAGCGAAGUUGAUUCGGGUGGUGUUUUUUUACUUUCCAGGUGAAUCGUUUAAACUUGAAAAUCCCUAUGGUGAUGAACUGCCCAACAAGGUAAGCAUAUCUUUGAACAAAUGUAACCGCCGCAUAGCGUAAACUUACUUUCUGUUGCAGUACCUAAGGUUAGUAGAAUUUAGCGCUGGGGCGUACUCUGUUCAGCGAUAAAUGUGAGAUAAGUUGGUAAAAUAGGAGAUACAGCUCACUGAAAGAUGAGAAUAUUCCUGUUUUUACUUCCGCUUUCUUUAUAUCUUACCUCGAUGGAAAAUUUUCCCCCUUCUCACAAAAGUGGUCAUCGGGCGUAAGGUCACCUCGUUCAAGAGUACUGGUUUCACUAAAACUUUUGAUUUACUCUUCAGGGUUUUGAUCCUGGUGAGGAUACAUACCAGGUACGUCACAAACUUUCUUUUUUGACUUACGUUGAUGCAACUAUAGGCAAAAGUAAUCCGAGAUUGCAUUGUUUUUCUUUACUACUUUGCUCUGUGAUUGAUUCGGAAAGCUUGCGUCACCCUUUCAGCUAAUCAGACGCGAAGGCGAAGGCGACUUGGUCUUUUACGUUUUCCUGCAUUGCAGUGAAGUUCACUUGUUUUUACUUAAAGUUGUCACCACCCAGAAUUGUGCGAGAAGAUGGCAGAAAAUAGGGAGAAUUAAUAUUUAGAUCUUGCAAUUGAGAAGGGAGAACAUGAUCAAAAACUACUUCCUGUUACUUCACAGGCCCCUCCAGCUGAUAGUUCAUCUGUUGCCGUAGACGUUGAUCCUCAAAGGUGAGGCUUUUUGUAGAGUCCAAACAACGAUAAUUCGGAUGAAUUUCGGCCCACGAUGAGUUAGGAAAUUUACUCAGGUGUUUAAUGUCUUCCUUCACAGCAACCGCCUUCAGCUUCUUACUCCUUUUGACAAAUGGGACGGGAAAGACCAUGAAGACAUGACGAUUUUGCUCAAGGUGGGUUUAAAAAAAGUUAAAGCGAAGUAUUACUGAUGAGGAAAUGUGUUUUUUAAAAUAGGGGACGACAAAAACAUCGCCAGAAUUCAAUUUUGAGUUUUGCUUAUGCAAUCAUGACGUUAUGCAGUUAUGACACAUUGCCAACUUACUAAGGCCUUAAGUGAAUUAUGGGUUGACUGGUCGGUCUGGUCAUUAUGUUAUUUAAUGCUUUUGGAUUGAUGUUUUGUUGUCAGGUGAAGGGCAAGUGUACAACAGAUCACAUCAGGUAAAGAGAGAUCCAUGUGAAGUAUCUUUUUUAUAGCUCUCCCUGACUUCCGACUAAUUGCGUGCUUCACGGAAAGCAAAGCUCGCGACUAGCCUUGUGGCGCACUCUGCUGUUCAGAUUUAUCAACUUGAGGCACUAAGACUGUACCCCAUUAUGACAGUGAAAAAAAAUACGUACCUGUCCUUUUAUCUAUCUACCACUCGACUGCCAUAGGAUAGCGCGCGAGAAGGCUCUCGCUGGACGCGCUUUUUCUCCAUCCGCCCGCGUGAGAGUUGAGGCGAGUCAUGCUUUCCCGCCGGUGGAGAAACACUCGUAACGAACAACGCCGAAUCGCUAUAAACCCUUUGCACCUUAAAAUUAGUAUGCAUAUUCUCCUUACUGUUCUCUAUACAUUUCCUGAAGCACUGACAAGGAGAAUUUGUUAAAAAAUUAAGAGCUUUAUAAGUUGGUGAUCAUUUCCUUGAUUCUCGUGACCUUAAUGUGUGAUUCAGGGGUGAUAUUGUAAGGAGAAAUUAGAAACUGGUCACUCUUAGGGUUUAAAGGGUUAAUGCGGGCCUGCUCGUAGGCUAGCGAUAGAGGUACUCAGCUUUCUCAAACGCAGCCUCUUGAAUGUUGAACGACACUCUGUUGGAAUAUUUUUGAUUUAUUGAUUGAUUGAUUAUUACUAUUAUUAUUAUUGUUAUAUUUUAUAUUUUUCUUAUAAAGUUGCUUAAAUUGUAAAGGCCUUUUUUUUUGGCAUAAAAAUGGGGGAUGAAACUAAACCUGUCUGUGGUAAGAAGCUACAGACUGGGUUGGCCAUAGUAUUUCUAUUAAACGUACUUUGGUGUAAAAUAGUGCGGCAGGUCCAUGGCUCAAGUACAGAGGGCAUUUGGAUAAUAUCUCAAACAACAUGUUUAUUGGGUGAGUACAGAUAUUUGAAUACACCUACAUCACGUCUAUUCCACCUUUAAAAAAAAUUGAGCCCAAGUUUGUCAUUUGUGAUUCUGUCACUCUGCUUCAUCCUUAACCAUCUUUGUUCCCUUUUGGGGUUGAUCGCCCCAGCAUCAGUAUGCAUAUUCUCCGUACCGGUCUCUAUACAUUUCCUUAGGUGCUGACAAGGAGAAUUUGUUUAACAAUCAAGAGUUUCUUUCGUUGGAGAUCAUUUCCUUGAUUCUCGUGACCUUAAUGUUUGAUGCAGGGGUGAUUAUUGUAAGGAGAAAUAAGAUGCUGGUCAGUCCCAGGGGUCAGAGGGUGAAGGAAAUGCUCUAUAAUUUGAGAGGUCACUAGAGAUAUCUUGUUAUAACACGGUUUGGAUAAGUUGCAUUCAAUAAAAGUAAGUUUGAUUCCUUUAGCCUUCCGAUCUCGCCAUAGUUUAAAGGCUUUCGCUGAUGUUGAACUUGUAAUUUUAAAUCUCGCGUUUAAAUGCUCAUAUUUUUUUAUUCACAGAGCCAUCAACAGUGAGAAUGAAAAGGCUAACCAUGUAAAGAAUCUGCUGACUGGAGAGUAUGGAGCCGUGCCUGACACCGCAAGGGACUACAAGGUGAAAAUUAGCCUUAUUGAUGAAACAAAAAUGAUACAAUUUCCUUUUCUAGCGUUGGAAACGGAGAAUACCAAACUCUACGCACAGAGGGCAUUAAUUCUUUCUUUGUCUUUGAGUCGUAAAACUCCGCGUGGAUCUCCCAUGCCGGAAGGAGAUCAUCGAAAGUUUUGAGAAGAUUCCCCAAGACGUUGUAGAAUCUCAGUUUGUGAUUGGAUCGUGUCUUUUCUUCACCCAUGAUAUGCUUAAACACUUGAAUGAUGAUGAAUUCUGAUUUUAUCGUUAUGAAAAUCUAUAACUUUGCAAGGGCAGUAUAGAUUCUUUUAUUUUCAAGUUUUUUGACGUAAGGAUAGGCAGUUGAAGUGACAACUGUCGACACCAGUUUAACCUCUGUUAAAAGGCCGGAGGCGCGGCAUUUCCGUGGAAAUAGGCAAGGGAAUGGGAAAACGAGAAGACAUUUCCUGUAUAGUCUGCGCAGUCGGUGUUAGAACCUGAGUGAUCAGAGAAGCUUUUAUUUUCAGGACACUCCAAGCGACAAGGCACAACAACUCGGCGCGGUGAUAGGUUGUAGUGUAAAUUUGUUGCGUGUGAAAUGGAAGAUUUUUGUGAAAAUCGUUGCCCAUGCUGCUGAAUGACAUUCGAACUGAAUUGAAGUGCUGGUUUGAUUGCAUGUUGUAGAUCUCAGCGUUAGAUCGAGUCAAUGCGACAAUAACCGUAGCGAGUUGCGGUUCUGUGUUUGAGGAUCUUUACAUCUCUUUGUCGCCGUUCUGUAUUGACUUUGUUUGACUUUUUCUUAUGUAGUCAAAAGGAGUAAAAUGGGUCGUAGUUGGAGAUGAAAACUACGGUGAAGGAAGCAGCAGGGAACAUGCUGCCCUAGAGCCAAGGCAUCUUGGCGGACGAGCUAUCAUAGUCAAGAGCUUUGCUCGUAUUCAUGGUAUGUUGUCGCGUGUUGUUAGUGUUUAGGAUAUUUAAUCCAUUGCUGUGCUUACGUGCAAACAAUCAGCCUUAUCGAUCUUUCUUGGCGUGUCUUUAAAUAGCUUCCUUAAAGACAAUAAACAAGCAAUUGCCAAGCCCUUAUCUUGCCGUCUCUCCCCGUUACCAAAUGGUACAAACAAAGAUCGGUAGCAAGUUCCAAGGGAAAGAACUCUCAACUUUUGAUUGCUGUCUACCUCUCAACAACGUCUGAGCCGUAGCUCCAUAUUAACCCUUAAACUCCCAAGAUCUGAUUGUUAAUUCUCCCCUCUAGCUGCUACACAUUUUCUUAUAAAUCCGUCAUGAGAAUUUAGUGUUAGAUCAAGAUAACUUCUACCUGAUAAGUUGGAUUUUUUCUCAAUACCUGUUUGCUGGAUAAUGUGUGGAUAUUAUAGGGAGAAGUUACAUGUUAAUCACUUCUGGGAAUUAAAGGGUCAAAAAACACUCCUUUCAUUGAGCUAACCACCUUCCCAACUAACUCAUAUGGUUCUCUUUCAGAAACAAAUUUGAAGAAACAGGGUAAGAUUUUCAAACUUUCUUUUUUAAAACGACUUUUAGAUCAAAAGCGUCUUUGCGCAUCCUUGAUUGUUCGCAAACAAAAUUGGGGUGAAAAUUGAAGACAAAAAUAAUAUUGAUUUCCCUGUUAUACAAGUGUAGUAUAAGCGUUUAAAUUCCAAAUGUGCCUUAUUCGUGUUUCGUGGACUGGUAAAAUGUUUUUCGCUUUGUUAACCAUUCUUUCAGCUGACGCUCAUUGAAUAUUACUUAAACUAGAAAUUUACUCCUUUCACUCCAGCCGUGCGCCAAUUACUGUUCUUCCUUUUUUAAUCCAUUCGAAUUAUCAAGUUACUAUUCACCCACUCUGUGGUAGUUGCAUUUCUUUCAUUAAAGGAGCAAAAGUUCCCGGCCGAAAUUUCACUUAUAUUAACGCAGAAAUCUGUUCUGCAAAACAAAAUGAUAUCCAAUCGCAAAAUUUUUGUGCUCUAGAGAAUACGACGACCAUUUGUACUGUAUUUCAUGUAAAAGCAUUAAAGAGCAUCUAGGCCUUUUUGGUGCUCCUUAAAGAUCUUCUGACUAAUAUCUUGGUUAUAACACAGUGCACGGUACGCCGUCAAAACUAACGUCUCCCCCGUGUUUCUCUCCACUUUUUUUUACCUUUUUUGUUUUUUGUUUUUUUGUUUUUUUUGGAACAGGACUUCUCCCGUUGACGUUUGCUAAUCCGUCAGAUUAUGACAAAGUUCAACCUAACGACAAGGUAUCUCUGCUUGGUUUGAACGACCUCGCACCUGGGAAGGUAAGUUGAAUAGGUUAUGUCAUCUUUUUCAUGAGCUUGUUUACUAUUUAAAGCGUCAUUUAUCGUACCCAAUAAUUACUUCUACCUGUAAUACCAUUUAAGUAGAUACGAGAAUUAUCGAGUGAUUGCUUAAUUCGCUUUUGUGACAAUUGUUCCUCAUUUUGCUCCGGACAUUAGUCGACUUCUCGUUCAUAGAAAGAUAGUGUUUGUGCUUAAUUUCAAACAAGAGAAGAGGAGGAAGAGAAGCGCCUUCUGACGAGCUCUGGUCGUAAAGAAAAAGCCCCCGUUUUAUUUAUCUUUUGCGCACGCGUCAAACACGCAGUUAAGACUAAACCAAGGAUGUACUCUGUAACGCUGAUGAAUGAAGAUGAUCUUAAGGAAAUGAGUGACGUUCAGAACUUCCUUUAAACCGGAGAAACACGGAAAAUAAUUGGCUUGGUCUGGUAGAAAAUGCACGAAAGUCGCAUUGAACGGAACAUGAUUAAAUUAAGAUUGAAAGAUUACCAUGAGGUACAAAUUGAUCAACGUAUCUCUCCCUUUCUUUCACUCUAAAGCCUGUGAAGACUGUGCUGAAACACGCGGAUGGAAGCCAAGAUGAGAUCCAGCUGAAUCACACCAUGAAUGAGUCACAGCUUGAGUGGUUUCGAGCUGGCUCUGCACUCAAUAGAAUGGCCGAAUUGUCAAAGUAGGCUCCAUGAAGAAUGCGCUUCUGACUCACUAAUUUCAAGAUCGUCAGCUUUGUUUUGCAGUGCUUCAACGCGGAAAUUAUUGAUUGCAGUGACAGACUAAAAUAAUCAAGAUCCUUUGGUGAAUGUCAUGUUAACAUUGUGUUGGUUUUCAAGGUAAAGCCAAAAUCUGGUCAAAAUCUUGGCAAUUUUCUGGAUGAUGUAUUCAAUGGACAUUUUUAACUCAUUUGCUAGUUCGUUCCUAACAGAACUAUCUUAUUCC